AUGCCUCCUUUCAACACACAGUCUGCGGAGGUUCUACCAUAUACAAAUCUCGAGUGUCGCUCCCAAUCCCUUAUAAGUCCCCCCGUGACCUCGGUGGCGGGGAACGCUGAAGCCAAACAUUCGAUCGAUUCUCCUCUCGAUGACAGCGACCCAGGACUGCGCGCUUGUCCGAUGUCAGAAUCGCAUUUUGAAGUUGACAAUUCAGGAUCUCGAUAUUCUCAUGUCACUCCAACCCCCUCGUCUCUUGAGCCGCUCAGUGAGACAUCUGAAGUCUUCACAUGGGCACCACAGGCACGCUCUGUGGUUCUGAGUGAUCAUAAUCGCAUAUUUGAAAAUUUCCAAGAGCAUCUAUGGACUCCACCAAGCUUCCUGGCCCUGGAACAACCGCAAGAAGAUCUGAUUGCAGACGUUGUUAUUGGCACGACCAGACUGCUGGUGACCAAGACUCACUGUCUUUAUACUGAGAAUAUAUUAGGUUAUAGAAGCUGUUUAUUAGGUUUUCAAACCGUGUUCCAUCCUCGUCGCCCACAUGCAAGGAUCAAACACUCGGAAAUCAGUCUUUCAUUGUUUCCCGGACCGAAGGAUCCAGGGGGUCCAAAUCCAAUUAUUAAGGCAAUUCACCCUAGUCAAGGAGUUGUUCACAUGACUGGAGAACCUACUACAGUGCAUCACGGUAGAGAUACUUCAUUUGGCCUCUCACUUGGUGUCAAUGCCCAUGGAAAGGUGGAUCUUACACAUACUCGUUAUCAAUCCCGAAUCACCAAUUUGUCAGGAAGUAUUCUCUGCUCGGGGAUUGAAACAAACACAUUGUUAUUGACGCUGAAGGAGGAUCGUGAGGCGCGUGACGGAGUUCUCUCAAAGACACAAGCAUUUGAAGCAUGCUUGACUGUGAAAUCUAGGCGAGGUGGCGACUUCACUAUAGACCCCAGGAAUUGGGGCCCAAGAUCAAAGACUUGGACUUUCCAGUAUGAUGGAAUGGCUGAGCUUGGAAGACCUACAUUGCAACAUUAUCCUGAUGGAUCGAGAAAUUUAGUUUCAGUCUCUGAUAUUGAAAGUCGUGCUCUUCCCGAGAUGGGUCUCAUUGUUUAA